CCCAUACCGGCUCAGCGCCUCAUGUAUCACGCCCAACGACACGCUGACCUGGUCUUGAACAUUGCGCAAGACGUCGUCGUCGGUCUGCUCGCUGAGAAAGGCGUCGAUCUUGGCUUGCAGCUCGAAGCAGAUGUCGGGCAAUGCGCGCCGCAUUCCGCCACGUGUCGGCGCCUUUGUGUCUGGCUCUUUGCUCACGCCAUUUGGGCGCGCAGCCGGCUGGUUCUGGCAGACCGAGUUGGCCGCCAUUGUUAUUGCCGCUGUGAUGAUUCUGUCGCUCGAGCCACUCGGUAUGUGAAGGAGCU